UUGAGAGAGCAUAUUUACGCUUUCAGAGUAGAAUUUCCUUGUGAAGGGUGUGCUUCCGCAGCUCGCCGUGUUCUAGAUCAGCUAGAUGGAAUUAUAUCCUCAGAAACAAGUGUUGAGGAGAAGCUGGUCAAAGUUAAAACAACACUUCCAUACCAAGAAGUCAUUGAUCAACUAAAAAAGACUUCAAAACCCGUCGAAUAUAUAGGCGAGCUCACCGAAUAA